GUUGAAGUUGACUAAAAUGAAAUGAAAUAAUAUGGUUCACAAAUUUCUUACAUUACACAAGAAACUUGGUAAUUAAAUCAAUCCCCUACUCCAAGACCACAAUUCACCACCCAAUAAACUGGGUGGUUAUAUUAAUCCCCUCCUCUAACUAGACCUGAAUACACAAAUGGUUGACUAUAACAAAUUCUAUUCCGCACAUGACAAUAGAGACCAUGAAUUCCAUGGCUUCCAACUACGGGAGAUGCAGGCGAAGAUCAAUGGAAGUCUGUUCGGAACCUUCAAAAGAUGUCUAAGCAAAGACAUUGACAUUUAUCCAUUGGGAAGUAGACUUGCACUCUUGACAUUACAUUACGAUUAUGAGAUAGAGACAAUCGAGUUGUCGCGUCAACGACAGACUGAUUGGACAACCUCAAUCUGCUUCCCGUCAUCACUCAGUCGGCCGGAUCCCAUCAAACGAUGCAAGUUUUAUGAUGAUGUAGAACAUAACCCGGAGGAAUGUGUAACCUUGAGAAUGGAGGUGGCUUAUCUACUCGGAAACGACUACCUCACCAAAAUUGUCGCAAUGAACAAAUCAAGUCCUUCUGAUGGCACCAGUGGCGGAAGUUGAAGAGCUAUGGAUUCACGAAAACGAUCAUACGAUUUUUGACAAUAUUUAACCCCUCAACAUACUAGCAGACACAAAAUAAAAUUCUUUACAAGUACAUACAGUUGUAUUCGUUCAACAUUUGUUAACCAGUAAUCCAGUAUCCUAUACAAUCGAUACAUAGUCUUUUCCGAAGAAUAAUUUACAAAGAGAUUUAGAACAGAUUCAAAUAUAAACUAAACUACUUAGCCGCAUAACAUAGCUUGCACUUCAUUUAGAUAGCCGCAAUCGGUCACACCACCAUGUGGUCACCGGCAUUCACAUGCCUUGUAAUUGAAGUUGUUUCCGUUGGAUGCCUGGAAAAAGUAUACGUAGUAUUCGAUACCCAAGUGUCAUAAGCAUAGCCCUCAGAAGAUGUUUUAAAAGUGAAGCAAUAACUCGGUAUAAAUUUGAAAAAAAACACUUAAAUGCACACAGAAAUGGUAGAACAGGAUGAUUGAAUUUGAAUGCCCAGGGGAAGUAAAAAGAAGACAUUUAAAAUGCAACCAAUUUGUUUGCCUCAGAGGUGACUAUUCUUAAAUUUCAUCACUCAUCUGAUAAUACGUGCAAUUUAAUAUGCAUCAUAGGAAACAAUGGUGAUAAAUUUAAAAUAAAAAUAUCAUUAAUUUCACCCUUGGACCGCGUCUGGAAAAAUUUUAAAAUGGUUUCGAUCCUCUGCUUUUUCACGAAAUUGACAAAAACCCAUCAUAUUAAUAAAGACAAACAAAUGAAACAGCUAAUUUAUAGAUAAAUGAACCAUAAAACAAUUAGCAAGAUGCAUCAGAGAGAUUCCCAUCGACAAAUCAUCAUCCUCUUUAAGAGUGCUGAUGUCCCUGUCUGUGUGUCAUCACUUGCACCAAUUUUAUUAUCACGGAAUAACUAGCAAAUGAUAUACGGAGUAAAUUAAGUAAAAACCCUUUAAAAUUAUUAGUAAAAAUGCCUUGGAAGCCUCAGGUUUAUGUUAUUUUCAUUGUAAACAUCUCAAAGUAUAUUUAAUGCCAUCACAGGCAACUCAAGGCACAACUCAGUUCAUUAAAAACGGUCGUUGAAAUCCAGUUCUAUAGAAACGUCACGAAUAAAAUCAAAGAUAUGCUAAUAAGAGGAUUAUGAAAGUAGAUAGAUUCAAUUAAACAUAACCUCCUAUCAGUGUAACUAUGACAAAACAAAGCAUCAUCGGAAAAGAAAUCCGUAGCCAUUAGGUAACAUCAUCAUAUAGGAAAUCAUGUCAAAAAAAUGUAAACUUGAACUGAUUUACAUCGUAUUUAGUCAAGCUAAGAAUACAUUUGGUAUAGACCAAAUAUAUAUUCAAAUCAUAGGCUUGACCAAUCACAAUGUUGGCAACAGGGAAAAGAGGAGAUCCACAGUAAAGUACAUCGCCUCGGCAAAGUUGCUCAAAUAUACUUAAGAUUACAUGUAUUUAAGAUAUUAUAUAGGAUUAAAUAUCUUAUUAACUAUUCAAUAUGAAAGAGCAUAUCGCAACGAAACAAAUGUUAUUGCCUCAGAGGUAGUGACAAUUCUUUUGGUGUCAUCAUCAUAUUAUCUGAUAAUAAAUACAAUAUGAAAUGCAUCAUCGGCGAUUGAUAGUGAUAAAUUCUGCAUUUUUAGAAUAAGCUUAAGCCCACUAAAUACAUAGUGAAAGCUGGGAAACCAAUUGGAUUGAAAAAAGUCAUGAUGAUUUAUAAUUUACCGUUUGUGUUGAAAUCGGAAAACCCUUAAAAGCUACAACCACGUUGACAAAUAGCAUCAAUGGCUGUUAAGCAUCAAAUAAAUUUGGGGUUUUAAUUUGAAAAAUAUAUUAAGAGAAAUAUGCAGAAAUUAACUAUUAAACACAAUAUUUAAGAGAAAACACAUUUUACGGGGAAUCACAAGUAUAGACGGGUCAGAAUAUCUGGCUUGGAAUUCUCUUUAAGAGAAAACACAAAGUGCGCUCAGUUAUUUCAACUUCGUUCAACUGGGGAAAUAAUCAUCACGCCCGUCUCUAUCAAAUAUGUCAUUUGAAGACGGAAGUAAAUUUAAAAUCAACGUAAAUUUACACUAUGAAAAACAACAAAAGCAAUAGAAGUAAGAUAGAACAGGAUUGGAGAAUAUUGCGUCGUCUCAAACUGCACGGCAACAAACAAAUGAUGCCAUCGCAAUGAGUUGAACGCCGGCUAAAACAAUAAAAAACACGAGCACUCGGAAUGAGUAGGAGGUUUUUAUCAUCACAUAUUCAGAAUAUGUUAAUGUUCUUCAUCGUGCUCGUCUUCAACCAACUGAAUCCGAAAUAGAUCUUUUGAACAGAAAAAGCUAUAUAAAACGAAACUAAAUAAUAAAACAUUCAAUUUAUAUAUACCGUCAGAUAGAUUGGAUCACUGCAUCACUGGAUCAGACGACCGUCGUGAGAAAAUUUAUCCAAAUUCAUCACACGGCACCAGAAAUUCAAACUACAACCUAAGAUCUUCAACACCAAAUUUACAGUACGCGGCCGUUGCUUUUACCUAGGGUUCCGAGCUCACACAAGCCAAUCAGACGAGAGGAAGAAGAGGAUAUUCGGUGUGAAGGGUUGAGGGGACGAAGCAGAAUUAUAUAGUGAAGUAAGAUGAGUCAAGACCUAAAACAAU